AUGAGCGAUUUUUCUGAGAAACUGAAAAAGUUUCCUGGUUUGUUGUGGCAUACAAUUUGGAGAGUUGGUCGGGAUGAUCCUAGAAGAGUUGUCCAUGCUUUGAAAGUUGGCUUUUCUUUGACAUUGGUUUCCUUGUUGUAUCUACUGGAGCCAUUGUUCCUAGGGAUAGGCCAGAAUGCUAUUUGGGCUGUCAUGACUGUUGUAGUUGUGCUUGAGUUCACAGCAGGAGCAACAUUGUGCAAAGGACUUAAUAGAGGAUUAGGGACCCUCUUAGCAGGAUCAUUGGCAUUUCUCAUUGAGUACAUUGCAGAAAAAACUGGGCACGUCUUUCGAGCUGUUUUCAUUGGUACUGCAGUUUUUGUGAUAGGAGCUACAGCUACAUACAUGAGGUUCUUUCCCAAUGUAAAGAGGAACUAUGACUACGGUGUCCUCAUAUUCCUCCUGACCUUUAAUCUGAUAACCGUGUCAAGCUAUCGCGUGAGCAAUGUAUUGAAGAUUGCACAUGAGCGCUUCUACACCAUUGCCAUUGGUUGUGGUAUUUGCCUAGUAAUGACCCUUUUCAUAUUCCCAAUUUGGUCCGGAGAAGAUCUCCAUAAUUCCACGGUGGCCAAGCUUGAAGGGCUAGCUAAAUCUAUACAAGCUUGUGUUGAUGAAUAUUUUAGUGAUGUUGAGAAAGAAAAGACCCAAGAUAAGUCAUCCGAGGAUCCGAUCUACAAAGGAUACAAGGCAGUAUUAGACUCAAAAUCUCAAGAUGAAACUUUAGCAUUACAUGCAAGUUGGGAGCCAAGACAUUCAUGGCAUUGCAGAUAUCCUUGGCAGCAGUAUGUGAAACUAGGAGCUGUUCUGCGUCAUUUCGGUUACACUGUUGUAGCUUUACAUGGAUGUUUGCAAACUGAAAUUCAGACACCUGGUUAUUGCCGAGCACUCUUCAAAGAUCCAUGCAUUCGCGUUGCAAGUGAAGUAUCAAAAGCAUUAAUGGAACUUGCCAAUAGUAUAAAGAAUCGACGUCAUUGUUCUCCUGAGAUACUCUCCGACCAUCUCCACGAAGCCUUGCAAGACCUCAACAAUGCCCUAAAAUCUCAACCAAGACUUUUUCUAGGCUCCAACAAUAACCAAGCCACCAACAUGCUAGCCCUAGCAGCCGCGCAUGCUAACACUAGCCAAAAGCAUGAAAAAAACAAUGGAGUGUCGUUAUCAAGUUUUAAGACCGACACUUCUGCAUUGCUCGAAUGGAAAUCCAAAAGGAUGAAUAAUGAACUGUCAAAAUCAGAAGCAGCAGAAAGGAAGGCGUUGAGGCCACAAUUGAGUAAAAUAGCUAUCACAAGCCUCGAGUUCUCAGAAGCACUCCCAUUCGCGGCAUUUGCUUCUUUGCUAGUAGAGACAGUGGCAAGGUUAGAUAAUGUUAUUGAGGAAGUUCAGGAAUUGGGAAGGAUAGCAUGCUUUAAAGAGUUUAAACCCGGUGACGAGGUUAUCGUAAAUUGCGAUACCCCAAAGGUUAAUAUUACUAUAAAUCAUUUGUCUUCUCAGGGAGUAGAAUGA